AUGGCGGGAUCCUCAGUGUGCACUUUUUCUUCUUCGUCUUCUUCUCUCGCAAUUCGAUUGUUCUCCUUCCCAUGGCAGAGGGUGGUGGGCAUGGUGGUGUACAGCUAUGACCUGCUUGACUUUGGGCGCAACCUGCAACGCCUGCACGACUCGCUGGGCGCGUGGCCGGUCAUCCUCAAGUUCUACGCCACCUUCAACGUAACCUCCCACCUGCGCUCGCCCCAGUUCAAGCUGAUUGUUGAGGACACGGAUCCUUACUACUUGAGGGAGCGCCUGACCAUGCCCAAGCUGCUCGUCACUGCUGCUAAUGAUGAAGUGCUGGCAUUGGAUGACACGUACAUCCGGUGGAGCGACAUGCCAGAGCCAAAGCUGCUCAAGAUAAUGGCCAACUCGGAGCACAUGCUCAUACACGUCAACCAAUGGCCACCCUCUCCUUACAUCAACUCCUCUCCUUACAUCAACUCCUCUCCUUACAUCAACUCCUCUCCUUACAUCAACUCCUCUCCUUACAUCAACUCCUCUCCUUACAUCAACUCCUCUCCUUACAUCAACUCUUCUCCUUACAUCAACUCUUCUUCUUACAUUAACUCUAAUCCUUCCAUUAACUCCAAUCCCACUCUUCUUCCCCUCUCUCCAUCCCCCUCUCUCCAUCCCUCUCUCUUUAACCCCUCUCUCGCACCCCCUCUCUUCAACCCCCCCACUUCCGUCUACAGGCUGGCCAAGCCAUCCUCUCCUUCCUCACCUCUCCUCCACGUCAACUCCUCCUGCGCCUCUCUCCCCGCCUCCUCCCGCCCCGCCCUCACCUGGACCCGCCCCCACAGUGCGCGCAGCUACUCCCCCGCGCGCGUCAAGCGCUCUGACAGAGUAGAGGGCACGGGCUUGUUUGCCUGGGAGGAACGGAAAGCAGAAGAGGCUCGGGCAGGAGGAGGGGGGAUGGAAGGGAUGGACGGAGUCACGCUGACCAAUCAGGAGCAGCCGGCACAUCCCUGGGCCUGUGUUCCCGAGCUGCCAGCUGUGGACUGGCCUAAGCUGAGGUGGCGGUUUGAUUGGCCCACGUUCACCAUUCUUGCCACGUCAGAUAGGAAGCCGUUGGCGGCUAGAGCGUGGACUGGCCGCACUGCCAGCGCCCGUCGAGACUUCCACUUCGUGGCACGUAUGCGGGCAAAGCCGGUCGGAGCCAUUCUUCCUCUGCUGCACCUGCUCACCUUCCCUCACCCCCACCGCCCCACCCUCUCAGCACGGCGCCAACACCAGCAGUUCCAGGGGCGUGUGCGGGGCAAGCUUGACCUGUGGUUGCAGUGCAAUGCAGGCCACACCCUUCUUUUGCCGCAUCUGCUGACUUUCUCCCACCCUCCCACCCCGUGCGCUCCCUGCCCCUUCUGUGGCAGCACGGCGCCAGUACCAAUAAUACCGAGCACAUAUGAGCGCAAGUUUGAGCUGUGCGUGCAGGCCAUCCCUUUCUUUCUGCACACCGUAUCGCCGCCCAAGCACCACCCCGAGGAUGGCUUGUGGCACUUCAGUGCUACCGUCAGCGACGUUCCCAAGGUGACUAUACCGAGGGGUCACAACGUGGCUAUGUGA